AUGUCCGAUAUUAUUGCAGACUUGGCAAUGGCUUUUGUUAUAUCUAUAUUUGUGCUAUCCUUGCCUGUGCUCUGUGGAUGCACUAUACACAGCUUGUACCAGAUAUACUUCAAGAAGAAUGACUUGGUCAUCCCAAUUGAGACCGCCAUAUCCCAGCAACAACCAAGCGACAAUAUGCCCACAACGCUAUCAUCAUUUAAUAACUAUCGGCCUACUAAUAUUACUUGCGCAAACACAGAGCCAUCUAAUGAUAUUGUUAAGCAUGAUCCAAUCUGCUAUUACAACCAGGGAGUAAAAGCAUCGAAGUCUGCUCAACAGGUUUUAGAUGCUGCAUUCAAGAGUGUGUAUGGUGAUGGGUAUCUUUCUAGUGACAUUAAUUAUAUUCAAGACACGUUCUUACCUACCGCGGUCAUUGGAGUUCGCGAGAACAUGACUAUAGAGAGAUGCGAUCUUACCACAUGGGUGUUUCUCUAUCUCAAACAUCACCCAUGCAUGAAUAUGUUUAUUGGCAAUGGGUUAUAUCUGUGGAAGUGGAUCAGUUAUAAACUGCCUAUUUCGAGGCUCGAGGAAAUGAACAAUAAUACUCAGGCAUGGAUAGCCGAUCCAGAUUAUAAAUGCAUGGAAUUAGAGCACCAGGAGCAGCUUGUCGAUGAAUUUUACGACGAGCUUAUAAGACGUAUUAAUCCUAGAACCUCAUAUAAACGCCUCGAACGGAUAUUCACGCGUUUGAAUAAGUAUAUCACGCGACAUCAACUAGUUCCUCCAGCGAAUUCCAUGCUGUCACUUCGUACUCUUUCUCUCAUGGCAGGUAAUAUUUUGAUUAGAAUUCCUCUACCAUUGGAAAACCAAAAGCGGGUUAAUCUAGUUCUGGAUAAAAUUGAGGCCGCCAUUCGCCGAGUUGAACAGAAUGGUGAUAUUAAGACCUGGGAUGCUUAUAUAACCCACUUUUCAGAUCUUGUUGAGAAGCUCCUACUUGAAGUCAAUGCGAUUCUCCAACUUCUUAGGGAUGUUUGUACGUUCUUUGAAACUAUUGGCAAGCAAGUCCAGGAAAUCAACUCAUCCACAAACUUAUUGUUUCCUCCAAUGUGUGCGAAGUUGGAGCUUUUGGACUUAAGCGUAGAGUCUGAGGUAAACUUUCAAAGGGGUUCGAAGUACUUUGGCUGUUAUGAGAGGAUUUUUCCUCUCUGGCUGACUUAUGUUGGCUUGAUUGAAGGUACUCUCGAGAAUCACGAAAGAAGUACUGAUUAA